GCAUUAGCUAGCAUCUAGCUAGCUUUUGAAUUUACUCAAUUUAGUAUGAAAUCUGUGCGUUUUCUCAUUGAUUUUAGAGAUUUAUAAGAUUUAAGAGUUGAAGUUACUUUGAAAUAUAUGUUAAUAUUUGUGAAGCAAUAAAUCAAAUAUCGUUGUUGUCAAAAUGUUAACAUUUCCAAGAAAUUUGGCUAGAAACAUCAAACAUAUCCGAUGCUUCUCAAGCUCAAACCUUUUGUUAUCAAAUGAUGAUAAAACAAAUGAAUUGAAUGAAAAGAAAAGUGAAGAAAAAGUUAAAAGUCAAACUACCAAAGAAGAAGCCAACACAAAACUAAACAAUCUUCUACAGAUGAUGGUUAAGAAAGAUGAGGAACCUUCAAGAAAAGUGAAAGUACCUCAGGCAGUUAAACGAGAAAAAGUCAAAGCUGAAAAAGAAAAACCCUUAGGUGUUAAAAUAGCAGAUGCAGCCAAAGAUGUUGCCACAAGCCUAGGUGGAGAUGUACAAAAAACUGAAUCUGAACUCCUUAACAUUUUGUUGAAACGGUCAGAACCCGAAACCCACAUAUUGAAGGAUGUUCUAUCAGGGAUGAAGGUGGAGCAGACAUCUACAGACAAAGAAGAAAGCAGAGCCAAGCAAGUCAGAGACACACUAGCCAGACAGUCGGUGUCUUCAACCAUGCUUGAAGAGAGAUACAAGAGCAAAAGGAGGUUUGGAGAGAAGAAAGCAGGAGCACCAGUCGACAUCUUGGGAGCGCAGCCGUCAUCGUAUUUUGCUGGUCUAGAGGCAGCGCCUGCGUCUUGUGAGCUGAGCACCUGGGACUCCUGUGUACAGAGAGACCUGCGCCUGGCGUGUACACAUCCUCCAGCCAACAUAUACGAGCAGAUGAUUCAGUGGACUGAUCGAGGUGUGCUGUGGCACUUUCCCAUCGACAAUGAGCAAGGGCUUGAUGAUGAAAAGCAAGUGCCAUUUGAAGAUCAUAUAUUCCUGGAGGUUCACCUGGAAGGCUGGUGCCCUGAGAAGGGUCCAGUAAGACAUUUCAUGGAGCUAGUGUGUGUUGGACUGUCUAAAAACCAUUGGCUAACAGCUGAAGAGAAAAAGAAUCACAUCUACUGGUUCCGUGACUACUUUGAAGACAAAAAGGAGCUUCUCAAGGAACUUGGAGCAGGAACGGUCUCAAUUGAAGCCAGUGAGCAGAAAGAGGUAUCUCAGUAGUUGUGAUUGUGCAGUAAUAGAAAGUUGUAAAUACAUUAAGUUUUUAAUGCUAUUCUAAAUAAAUGAGGAAUAGCUUAAUUUGUGAGUGGUUAUUGCUAAACACAAAUGUUAUCCUUACCAAUAUAACAGCAUCUAUGAUAAUGU